AGGUCAAUAAUUAGAUUACUGCUGUCCAUGUAAACGUAGUCACUAGACUUGCAGGAGGACACCAGGUUUUAGAGACAUUUCGGACAGGUUGUUGCUCCGCCUAGAGCAGAAACGUAUGAGUGAAUGAAAUGAAAGUGAAAGUGAAUCAGUUUCGUUUCUGCUGAAGAUUCACUCGGAGUCAAAUUCAGUGUAUCACCAGUUUGUCUGAAGAGCAUUAAAGCUUCACUGCAGAUGGGAAUGGCUUGGUCUACAAGAUUUCGUUUGUGCAACAUGAAUAGAGACUUCAGUGUGAGAGGGCUUUCGAACUGCAGUCUCUCCUGCUGUAUAAAUGCUUUACUGCAGUCUUUUGCAGCCACUACAGAAUUACAGGAGGUGCUCAGCAGAUGGCAGCCGUCUAAGGAAUCCGAUGUCUACAAUGUUCCCCUGGAGCUCAAAAGAGCAUUAGAAGCCAUGAAGGAUCAUAGGCAGGCCAGUCCUCAUCAGCGUUUUCUGGAGUGUCUUCACCAUAACCACAUUUGCUGGUUAACACAACAUGACGCUGAUGAAGUCUUCCACGCCAUCCUAAACCUCAUUCAGAAGCAGAUGUCUGACCAGCAAAUUGCUGCAGAGAUCACAAAUCUUUACAAGAUCGAGGUGGAAGGACGGUCUCGGUGUUUAGAAUGUGAGAACGUACACCGUGUCCCCACCUUCUUCCUCCGCUUGCCACUACAUCUGCAUGACGGCGAGAACACCUUGGAGGACUGUUUAAAAAUGUUUUUUGAGUCGCAGAAGUUGGAAGGCAGUGAAGCUUUUUACUGUGUCAAAUGUGAAAGGAAGACGCCAACUGACCAGGGGCAGAAGCUUGUUUCACUGCCAUCUAUCCUAUGCAUUCACCUAAAGAGGUUCAGAAGCAACAGAGACUUUACCAAAAAGCUGAACACCAAAGUCAGUUUCCCUGAAACUAUUAAUAUGGCUGAAAUGUUACCUGAGGAACGUUCCAAAGCGUCGGAGAGCAGGUACAGACUAUAUGCAGUCAUAGUUCAUUCUGGGACGGCCAUGACGGGGCACUACACGGCAUACAUCUAUUCCAAGGAAAGCAAGUGGUGUUAUGUUGAUGACAGCGACGUGACACAAGUCUGCUGGGAGACGGUUCAAGAAACGUAUGGAGGGCAAGGACGGUUCAGCGGUACUGCUUAUAUGCUGCUGUACAGGACACUGAGCUCAGAGGCAGCCCAGGAAUCCCUACGAAGAAGUUAAAGCGUCUUUAAAUCAAACUACAUGAAAUUAAGUAAAGGGCUACACUAUAGACGAAUUAGAUUGUACUAGCGAUAUUGUGCAUGGGAUAUGAUAUAGAAAUAAUGUUUAUAGCGUGUAAGACAUUUGGUGUCGGUAGCAUUAAUCAUCGUAGGAAAUCAUUUUUUCUUGGGAGUAUUUAUGUAUCAGUCUCACAUUAAUGAUUCUUUGAUAUCUAUCAAAAGGGCACACAAAGUAAAAUGUAUAUGAUAUAUAUUUAAUAAAAUUUUCUGUAAAAAAAAAAAUAUAUAUAUAUAUAUUAUAAUAAUUAAAUAAAUAAAACCUGACUUCUUCAGUCCACUAUAUUGGCUUCUUCUGUCCACAAGGUGUCAGUGAACUUUCAGUCCAGAGUGAUGUGUGUCGUAAUGCAUGCUGCAGUGAGACCCCAUACAACCUGAGAGCACAGGACAGAUAGAAUUAAGCAAGGAAGCAGCUAGAGAAGAAAAAAAAACAAAACACUAUAACCCCAAUUCCUCAGUUUAAACAUUUGAUAUGUUUUCUAUGUUCUAUCGUGCAUUACAUAUGGGUUCAUGAGAUUUACAAAUCUUUGCAUUCUGUUUUUAUUUACAUUUUACACACUGUCCCAGCUUUUUUGGAAUUGAAGUUGUACAAGCAUUUCCUAACAUGGAUAUAAACCAAUUUAGACUAAACGUGUACGUAAAUGAAUAAAUGUUCUACAUUAAACUGAGGAGGAAUGAUAGAAAUACAUGGGUUAACAGGAUUCAUUCAUACAUCUCCGGUAAGCGUUUAACGUUUGGUCAGGGUCACGGUGGAGCCGGAGCCAUUCCCGGGAACACUGGUAAUAAGAUGGGAAUACAGUACUCUGGAUGGGACAUGAGUCCAUCGCAGGGCAACCAAUGAAAGAUGAAGGCACAAAACUCAGUUUAGUAAUACUAAUGUUGUUAUACGGUUCAACAUUUCAUUCAAUUAAAAAAAAAAAAAAAAGAAGUAGUAUUAUUUCCUGUUUUAUUUAAAGUAUGCCGGAGUUCAAAAGGUUUCAUCUUAUGUAAGCACACUUGCAUGUUCCCCAUCAAACGAAGGUGUGGUAAUGAUUCAAGAUCUAUUUCCGUCAGAGCUGGACCUUUCAGAAUACUUUCUUCUGUUCUUGUUUUUUUUUUUUUCUUUCUCACCCUUAUGCAGUGCUGCUUAACUGUUCGCUUGGCUGUGUGCACUUCACCUCACAAGACAUUCAGCUAAAUGUCAACAUGUUGAACACUGCGAGCCUCUUCUUGUCUGAAGUGCAUACAUUUCCUUUUGAUCUAUAGAUAGGCCAUCUGUCUGCCGGUCGUUAUGAAAACAAAAUAACUGAGACUAAAGCCACGAUUACUACUGCAGCCAUUUAGCUCGGAGAGCAUCCGUGCCAAAACGUUUACUCUGUAGUCAGUUAGUACUUGUGGAAAUUUGUCAUAUAGUUAUUAUAUAAUUGGUGUGUGUGGACACCUGAUCAUCACAGCCAUAUGUGCUUGUUGAACAUCCCAUUACAGAUUUAUUCCCUCUUUCCUGUUAUAAUGCGCUCCACUCUUCUGGGAAGGCUUUCCACGAGAUUUUGGAGUGUGACUGUGGGGAUUUGUGAUCAUUCAGCUACAAGAGCAUUAGUGAGAUCAGGUACUGAUGUUGGGUGAGGUUCAUCCCAAAGGUGUUCAGUGGGCUUGAGGUCAGAGGUCUGUGCAAUACACUCGAGUUCUUCCACUCUGACAUGAACAUGUCUUCAUGGAGCUCGCUUUAUGCACAGAGGCAUUAUGGAACUUGUUCUUGCUGCCAGUAUUGCUGCUGCUACAUUACACAAUAGCUUACAGUCCAUGUUCGGUGUAUCUAUUGUCCUGCGUAUUUAUUGGGUUGCACUUGUCUCGCAUACUGUUCCGUGUUAUAUGGGUGUGAUGGUCAGGUGUCCACAUACUUUUGGCCAUAUAGUGUGUAUUAGAACAUAUCGGCCCAUAUUGAACUAAUCAUUAUUAUUAUUAUUGCAUUAAUGCUCUUUUAAAUGGCUGCAGUCUAAAACUUUCUGGUUGUCUUUGCUCAAAACUAAAAGCACUCUGUGAUAUAUAUAUUAUAUAUAGUGAUAUAAAUAACAGUGAGAUGAAAGAAAUCCACAAUAUUGACGUACUAAGUGCUUGCAUUCAUCCUGUUUUGUAAUGCUUGUAUGGUAACUUGUAUGUACAUUACUAAAAAUAUAUCUUGCAUCCUCAUUGUGGCCUGUCUUGAUUUUGUUCUCAUGAGCUACAUGACGUUUCUUUGCUAAAUGCCCCCAUUUUAGCACACAUAUGUGUCAGGCUUGGCUUAAUAGCUGCUGAGCUAAGCUUUCCCCACCUCUGCAGUUAUGUAAUGCUUGUGAACAGGAAACAGUUCUCUUUCUGCAUGCAUGCAUCUGGGUCAUGAUUAAAACUGUCACCUAGCAAAGCUUAAGGCUACUCCCGUGAGAAAUGUCAUG